UUCAUGUCAUGGUUUAGAAUUAAAAUAAUUACUAUGUUUCAUCCAUCCUAAAUAGAGACAUAUGAGUUUUUUAUUCGGUUCUAGAUCAUCAAAAACAUUUAAGCCUAAGAAAAAUAUACCUGAAGGAACUCAUCAAUAUGACCUAAUGAAGCAUGCAGCCACUACAUUAGGUAGUGGAAAUUUAAGGCAAGCUGUUGCAUUACCUGAAGGAGAAGAUUUAAACGAAUGGAUAGCCGUUAACGUUGUCGAUUUCUUUAAUCAAAUCAACAUGUUGUACGGAACCAUAACCGAAUUUUGCAGGCCCACAAAGUGCCCUCUUAUGAGCGCUGGUCCCAAAUACGAAUAUCAUUGGGCCGAUGGGGUGACGGUCAAAAAACCUAUUAAAUGCUCAGCUCCCCAAUACAUCGAUUUUCUCAUGACAUGGAUACAAGAAAAAUUAGACGACGAAACUCUUUUCCCUUCAAAGAUAGGUGUUCCAUUUCCCAAAAAUUUUAUAUCGACUGCAAAAGUUAUAUUGAAAAGAUUAUUUCGAGUUUACGCCCACAUUUAUUAUCAACAUUUCCAGGAAAUCAUAAAACUAGGAGAAGAACCGCAUUUGAACACUUCCUUCAAACAUUUCAUAUAUUUCACCCAAGAAUUUAAUAUGAUAGAUAAACGAGAACUUGCGCCCUUGCAGGAGUUGAUCGAUAAACUUGUUAACAAAGAUAGAUAAUAAGGAAAAAUAUAAUACAUUUAACUAUUUAUUAUUUAUUUAUUUAAUUCCCAUGAUAAAAUGUCAUUAAGGAUAAAUUUUAAAUGUGGAAAAUUAGCUUUAAAAUUGUGAUAUUAUAAAUGUAUUUAAAAGGUUUUACGGAAAUUUUAUUGUAAAUAUAUUUCCAAUUCGGCCUACAAAAUUGGACAACUCAGUAAAACAU